UACGUGGUGUGACGUAACGGCGCGCGAAACUUUAUUCUGUUUACGGAAGUUCAACAUGGCUCUGAACGCUUCCUACCGCUAACUAAUAACGUUCUAUAAUUUAUAGCUUUUCUAAUCGUGUUGUCGCGUUUUAUACAAUGUGCUCAGAAGCAGCACGUUACUAAAGUUUUUUUAAUGGAAAAAUAAGGAUGUUAUGGUGCUAUUUAAGUGAAAUUUUCAAUGGACCUCGAGGCGGAAGUCAUAGAGUUCAGAGUCCCUACUGAAAACAAUAAAACCAUUUUUAUUUGGGACAUACAGGCAUCCUUUUCCCAAAAGUAUAUUUAUGAGUCUCUGUGGAGUGUGUAUUCUGCCUUUGGAGCGCUCUACCUGGUGAAGGUGUGUCCCAAUGCCUCAGUGGUCGCCCCGGGCUUUUAUGCACUGGUCAAGUUUUACUCCGCUGCACAGGCGUCCAAGGCUCAAAGAGCCACUGAUAAACAGUGUCUGUUCCAGGAAGUUCCACUCAAAGUUAGGCUAAGCACAAAGCAAAACCCAGCUUUCCUCUCUGGAUCCCAAUCCCUCAGCCAUGCUAAGUGCCAAGACUUGGCUAAUCAUUACCUGGGCUAUAAUGGAUGGUCAACUCACAUCAUCACUGUGAAGGACAUAUCGAAGUGUGCAGAUGUGGGUUGGAGCUUGGAUACAGGCAGCCAGGGAGAGCUGCUGAAAUACGGCUGUAUCGUGCAGCUCACUCUCCCUCAGCAUGGAGUGACGUGCCGUGGGGUUGGUGUUGCAGAGGAAGUGGUUGAUCAGGAGAAAGGUCCAGAGGAAAAGCUGUGGAAAAGGGGGAAGCUCAUGAAAUGGGCCAAGGAUAAAGCAGUUGUUGCAGCCUUUGAGAAAGUGUUACUAAUAGUUCUUGGUAAUGGAAAAGUAGCAGUGGAAUGCCGAACUGAUCGAGAGGAAAUUCUGCCAGAUGAGAAUGUCGAGGGAGUCAUCCAGGUUAAUGACAUUUCAUGGAGUGACGUUGAGGCUGUUGCAGCAGAGGAAGAAGAUUUACCAUGGAACUUCACAAUGGACCUCUCUCAUUAACUUUCACUUGUGUUUAAGGUUAAAGCUAUACUUUAUUGACCAACCACUAUGUUGAACCACUGAAAGAGAAACUGAGCAACUGGCAAACUAGAGUGUUUUAUAUUUUUAAGAGUUUCAUUUUGUGAGUAAUAAAAAGUGUCCAAGACCUCUCACUGUCUUAGAACUUGAUUCGCAGCAAAUAUAUAGACAUAUUUUCUAAAUACGAAUGAACCUGGGUUUGCAAUAGCGACACUGUUUUUCAUAACUACUAACUAGUAGUCAUGAAAACCUGUGUGUGUGUGUGUGUGUGUGUGUGUGUGUGAGUGUGUGAACUCAGUUUGUAAUAUUAAAUGUAUUAUACAUUAUUACAAAGAGCACCAAUGUUCCCAGACACAAGUUUUCUUAGAGUUCAUCCAGCAUUGAACUAUAAUGAUUUUCUUUUUUAAAAAAACAAUAAAUAUAGGACUUGCUUUGUUUGAAGGUUUGUUUAUGAGAAAUUAUAAUUUAUUUGUAGAUUAAACACAUUAAAAUGUUUGUUUUAAUGUUUUUACUAUCUUUGCUAUCCCAUCCACAUCAAACGUACUUUAUAAUGUGAAUGAUAAUUUUCAUGUUAAGUAAGAAAUAAAACACUGGCUGCAGCUUAUUAAUUCA